CCAGUGGCGCUCAAAGGGGCGGGGUUGGUGUCUGAGCCGGCGCAGUGAUGCGGUAGCGGCGGUUGGAUCUAGAGCUAGGCGGCAUCAAGAAGCGGGAGCCCGGGGAGGAUGAGCCAGCAAGGAGCGGCGCUUCAGAACUACAAUAACGAGCUGGUCAAGUGUAUCGAAGAACUGUGCCAAAAGCGGGAGGAGCUGUGCCGGCAGAUCCAACAGGAGGAGGAUGAGAAGCAAAGGCUCCAGAACGAAGUGCGGCAGCUGACCGAGAAGCUGGCCCGGGUCAAUGAGAACCUGGCCCGGAAGAUCGCCUCCAGAAAUGAGUUUGACCGCACCAUUGCAGAGACCGAAGCCGCUUACCUCAAGAUCCUGGAAAGUUCUCAGACGCUGCUCAGUGUCCUGAAGCGAGAAGCAGGAAAUCUGGGCAAGGUCCCAGGCCAGGACCAGAAGAGCAUGGGCAAGGACAGCUGAGUUGGGACCAUGGGGCUUGCCUAACACUCCCCUCUGUAGGUUCACAGGGGAUUCCUUGAGAGGGAAACUGUUAAUAAAGUACCUUUGUUUUUUCAUAGCUGUGGCAUUUCCCUUCUCUUGCUGUUUCAGGCAUGUGAGAAGACCUUAGCUCCCCAGUACUAAAUGGGUAUUCACUGUUCUCUGGGUGCUUCAUCUAACAUGUCCUAAAGAAAAGGGGUAAUAAUAACAGCCCAGCCACUUGGGGUAGGGGCAAGUAAUGCUCUGCAUGUUCCUGACCUUCCAGGCAGAAGGAAACAUUGGGGAAAGGGGAACAUGGAGAGGACCAGAGGCAGUUUUGCCAGAGAGUUGUCACUGCUGUCCUGGAUCAGCCUUCAGGAUAUUUAUUCCCAGGCCAUGUGCUUCCUUUAAAGCAGAUGGCCAGGCAAAGCCAUUGAUGGUGGGGCUGAGUGGCCAAAAACCCUAACCAGGGACAUGAGCCUUAAUAUAUAUGUAGUCAAUACUUUGCAGUUUUAUGUGUGAAUAAAGAUUUCCUUAUGAUUUUCA